AUGUCGUCGGAACAACGGAAAAUGCUCGAUGUAUCUGUAGCACCUCAAAAGGUAUAUCAAUUCCGUGAAUUUCUUCAAAGUAACUACGAUAAUUGUGAAGCCAAAGCAUAUGUUGAACAUAUAGCGCAAGAUCGAGAUGGAAAAUCACCACGUCUCGUUUCCGGAAAACAUCUAUCUCGUACACUCUCACGAAAUGAACCUCGCAAUCCAUUUCCUCUUCAUUUAAAAUCGUUAGAAAGAUGGCAAUACGAACAUUCCUCAACGAAAAAAUUAGGCGGACGAAUAGAAGAAGAAGAAGAAGAAGAAGAAGAAGGUAGACAUGUACAAGCAUCAACCGAUGGUACUAAAGCAUCGCAAACUCUAUGGCUAAAAUUUGAAGCCGAAAAAGAUCCACAAGAUGCUGCCUACCAAUUGAUAAGAUUGCGUAGAAAACUUGGUCUUCCCACACAACUACCUAUUCGUGGACCAGAAGGAAAACAAGCACUACAACGGUACCUAAAAAGUGUUGAAAAUGAACAAUCUGCGCAUAACGAAGCAAAUAAUAUCUUCUAUUAUUGUUUGUUAACCGGUCGUCAUAAGCAUUACUCACCUUAUAAUCCCUAUCAAUUAGAAAUACAGCCCAAUGGAGUUGAAGCACUUGCAUCAAAAUCUUAUUGGACAAUGUCUGCAUUUUAUAUCACACAUGUUAAUCAAGCCGAUUCAUCUGAAACAACUAUGACGCCAGCUUUAGUUUGGUUAUGGGAACGAUAUAAACAUAAUUAUUUAAUCAGUCGAUUCUCAUGUUUUUCUAAUUUUCGAAAAUGGCGAACAUUUCGUUGCUGGUGGUCAAAUGUUCAAGAAGAAAAACUUCAACGAAAACUUUCUCUUCAUUAUCGAAAACUUUUCUACGCUAAUGAAAUCUUUCAAGGCAUUAUUAUUCAUGUUAAAGCUAUGUGUGAAGUUUAUUAUUUUGGACAAAAGAAUCAAGCACAACCAUUUUGUUUACUCGAUCGUCAUGCAUAUCAACAAACAUUAACACUCGAAGAAUUUACUCGACGGCAAUUCGCUCAAAUGGACACAACAGUUACUAAAUUAAACAAGUUUCUUGAUCAAGUUGCAGUUCUAGCGUCCGAUGCUUGCCAAAAAGCUGCUGAAUUAGAAGGUAUUCCUAUGGAAGCAUUAGCUGAUCCAAGUUGUUAUCGUCGACCAAUCGAAGAAGAAGAAGCUGAAAAAACAACACAAACUUAUCUUGAAUCGAAGCAAAAUCGAGCAUCUGUGUUACGCGAUAUUAAUAUAAGACGAAAACAAACACAACAUGUUGGUCCAAGUUUUGCUGUACGAAAACAUUGGCGUGAUACAUUAACUCGGUUAACUGAAUUUUUACGUUUACUCGAUUAUAUUAUUCUUGAACUUCUUCGUCGUCUGGUUAAAUCAGCUGUACGAGAUCUACUGAUUCAUUUACGUGAUUCAUUUACUGUCGAAUUUGAACUUGCUAAUCAAGGACAAAAUGAAGAUGAAGAAGAUUUGAAAUUUCAACCAUCACACGUAAGAUCAGCAACAUCAUUGAGAAGUUUUCGAACGAAAAAUCAACUCAGAUCGGAAUCACACACAACUUAUCAAACACUCCGAACAACUCUCAAUUCAGAAUUAUCAAGCAUUAGAGAAUCAACAGAACAUCCAAGUAAAUCAUCAGAACGAGGUCCUGAUACACGAACGCCAACGGUUGAACCUGGAAUUAGAAGUGAUGAGUUUGAACAAGAUGACUUUUAUUUAAUUAUUGAACCAAAUGAUAUUCUUGAUCUACCACGAAUUGAAACAACUGCUCGAGUACCUCGGCCUAUGUUCGAAAUCAAUGUAUUACUUAAAAUCACACAAGCAACAGCAAAAAAAACGCCAAAUAAAGAAAAUGCCUCGAGAUCGGACAGUGCACAUGAAAGCAGAACUCGAGUCUCUUAUGAAAUAAGUCCAAAUGAAUACGAUUUUAAAAAUGCUACACGUGAUAUUAUCAAUAGAUUAGAAGCCGCUGUUGCUCAAGUAUCUAGUCUUUGCGAUCAUCCAACGCUGCAGUUAUUUUCUACUUAUCCAAACUACGACCCAUUAAAUCCUAAAGCUCGAACGCCAAUUCACGUAUCGGAAGUUCGUUGGCCAGAUGUUGAUUUUCUUUUCGGUGAUGAUGUUGAACAUCAAGAUAUAAUCACGGAAACAUUAAAUACAGUUAAUCGGUCUCUGAGUAAUGUUCAACUUUUUGUUAAACGAUAUCAAAAAUAUUGUGAUAUGGUUCUUACGUGUAUUCAAGUGAAUAUUAACGAAAGUCUUAAACGAAAAGAUUUAUCAACUGAUGAUUUACAUUUUCUAAUGAGUAAACAUACUCAGCAAUUAAUGAAAAUGAAACAAAUGAUUGUUCAACAACGCGUUGGACUUAUUUUAAUUAAAGCACAAGAAUUUCAUGAUGCAGUCACACCGUAUCCUGAAAAUGUUGUUAAUGCCAUUGGAAGAUAUUUACCGCCGGUGGCUAUUGAUAAAAAUGAACGAAUGCAAAAGACAAUUCGAGAAGUAUUAAAAUUAUUAGAUCGUGACCCACGAUCCGUUGAAGAAUUCGUUCAGCACAUAGCAACAUUAAAUAAAGUUAAUAGUGAUUUAGCAAAUUUAGACGUUGAAUUUGAAACAAUAUCAAAAAUGUUUCAUAUUGUUAAAGAUUUUUCAAUGAAUAUCGCACCGGAAGCAUAUGCAUUGUUUCGGUCGCUGGCGCCGAUUUAUCAUCAAUUAAAAUCGAGUUUACUUUACACAGAAGCUCAAUGCGAUGAAAAUGUACAAAAAUUUACUAUUGAACUCGAUGAAAUGAUACAACGUUUGUAUGAACAAACAAUCGAACUAAAAACUAAAUCCAAAGAUCCAGCUUUACUAACCAACGAAACUCGUACGGAAACAGCUUUAGAUAUAAUAACCUUGCUACAAGAAAACUUAGCGAAAUUAAAUGAAAAAGCAAAAAAUUAUUCAUCAUUUCAAGAACGUUUCAAUCAAAUUAGCAAACAAUCAACAAAAAAACGUGUUCUAGGUGAUUAUCAAAUGACAAAUAAAAUGCAACGUUAUAACGUUACAGCUAGUAUUCAAACUGUUCAUAGUGAAAUAAAUGACAUUGAACAAGAUAUUAAUUUGCGUAAACUUUUGUGGGAAUCUCAACAAAAAUGGACGAAACUUUAUCGCGAAUGGACAAAUACGGUUCUUGAAGCUAUUGAUAUUGAUCUGUUACAAAGAGAUGUUAACAAGUUUACACAAAAUAUUUAUAUGCUUGAAAAAGCAUUACCAUCGAACAAUAUAAUACCAUCGUUAAAAGAACGCAUUGUAGAAUUUAAAGCGGCUAUGCCGGUUAUAUUAGCAUUGCGCAAUUCGCACAUGAAACAAAGACAUUUCGAUCGUUUACGCGUGUUAAUUGGAAAAGAUGUGAUUGACGAUGAAAAUCUAAGAUUAAGUAAAUUGCUUAAAACGGAAAUAUUACAAUUAACAGAAAAAAUAACUGAUGUUGCAUCGUUGGCAUCGAAUGAAGCAUCACUGGAAACGAUGUUAAAUAAAAUUAUUGAAAGAUGGAGAUCAUUAGAUUUUCGUUUAUUACCGCAUCUAGGUAAAGAUACGUAUAUAAUCACUGGUUUUGAAGAAAUUCUACAACAAUUAGAAGAAAGUCAGUUAACAAUGUCAACCAUAAAAUCGUCAAGAUAUAUAAGUCCAAUUCGACAAUUAGUCGAUGAAUGGGAUAAACGUUUAGGUCUUUUAUCAAAAACAAUCGACGAAUGGAUAACAUGUCAACGACGUUGGCUCUAUUUAGAACAAAUAUUUUCUACACCGGAUAUUCAAUUAACAGCAGAAACAAAAAUUUUUUCACAAAUCGACAAAACAUGGAAAGAAUUAAUGCGUAAAACCGAACAGCAACCAAAUGCAUUGAAAGCAACCACACAACCAGGAACAUUGGAAUUAUUACAAACGAAUAAUGCACAAAUGGAGAAGAUUCAACGAGCAUUAGAAGAUUAUUUGGAAACAAAACGAUUAGCGUUUCCACGGCUAUUUUUUCUUAGUAAUGAAGAUUUAUUAGAUAUUCUAUCGCAUUCAAAAGACGCAAAUUGUGUACAACCACAUCUACGUAAAUGUUUUGCUAACGUCUUCCAUCUUAAUAUUGCUAAAUCGCCAAUGGAAGCUGUAACCAGUAUGCAAUCAGUGGAAGGUGAAAUUGUUAAUUUUCCAAAAACAGUUCGUCCAAGAGGGAUGGUUGAACAAUGGUUAGCUUCAGUCGAACAAGCAAUGUAUGAUGCUGUUAAACAUCAUCUUAAAUUAGGUUUAUCUGAUAUAAAAACCACUGAUUACAGUAAUUGGAUUCUUCAACAUCCUGGUCAAGUUGUUUUGACUAUAUCUCAAGUUCUUUAUACGCGACAAGUCAAUGAAAAACUCGAUUCACAAUCAAACGAAAACGAUGCUGGACUGAUUGAAAUACGUGAUCAAAUGAUUAUAACAAUUAACAAUGUAUGCGCGUUAGUAUUUACCAAUGUUGAACAAUCGAAAUUAUUGACUGUCGAAGCUCUAUUAACAUUACAAGUUCAUUGGCGCGAUAUAUUUGAUAUGCUUAUCAAAACUCAUACUCGAGAUAGAAAUGAUUUCGAAUGGCAAAAACAUCUUCGAUAUGAUUGGAGUGAUAAAGAAACCAAUUUUCAAAUUCUUCAAUGUGACGCAAGUUUUCCGUACGGUUACGAGUAUCUUGGAUGCUCAAGUAGAUUGGUUGUGACUCCGCUUACCGAUAGAUGUUAUUUGACACUAACUGGUGCAAUCAAACUUAAUCUUGGCGGUGCGCCGUCAGGUCCGGCUGGAACAGGGAAGACAGAAACAGUGAAGGAUUUAUCAAAAUCAUUUGGAAAACUUUGUUUAGUAUUUAAUUGUUCGGACGAACUUGACCAUAAGACACUUGGCAAAAUGUUUAGUGGAUUGGCGCAAUCAGGAUCCUGGUGUUGUUUUGAUGAAUUUAAUCGUAUUGAUGUUGAAGUAUUAUCCGUUGUUGCUCAACAAUUACUAACAAUUAAAACAGCAAAAGAUGCUCAUGCUCAGCGAUUUACAUUUGAUGGCCGCGAAAUUAAGAUGAAUCCAACCUGCGGUUUUUUUGUUACUAUGAAUCCAACGUAUUCUGGCCGUUUUGAAUUGCCUGAUAAUUUAAAACCUAUGUUUCGUCCUAUUGCUAUGAUGAUACCGUUUUUUGCAUUGAUUGGUGAAGUCAUUCUUUUCUCUGUUGGUUUUACAUCAGCAAAAGUUCUUGCUACAAAAAUCGUUUAUUUAUAUAAUCUAUCGAAUAGUCAACUAUCUCAACAGGAUCAUUAUGAUUUUGGUAUGCGUGCUAUAAAAGCCGUUCUUUUAACGGCUGGUGAAAUUAAACGAACACAUGUUCGAGAUUCAAAUUUAACUGAUGAACAAUCAGAAGAAGCAAUAAUGUUACAAGCAUUGAUUGAAUCAAAUAUUCCGAAAUUACUUAAAGAAGACACCGUACUUUUUCUUGGCAUUCUUUGCGAUCUUUUCCCGCAAGCCGAUAAAGAGCUCGCAGAACAUGGACAUAUUCGGCACGCUAUUAAACGAGCGAUUAAAGAUCUUAAUUAUGAAUAUUGGCCUGCGCAAGCUGACAAAGCUCUACAGCUCUACAAUCAAAUUGUUCUUCGACAUGGUACUAUGCUAGUUGGUGGAGCAAGCGGAGGUAAAACUGCUGUACGAAAUAUUCUCCAAAGAGCAAUCACACUUGCAUCGCAAACGUCUCAAGAUGGCGCAUCAACUCGAUCGAGUCGAUCUGCAACUGUGGAUGUAACAGUUUUAAAUCCGAAAUCAAUGCAAAUAUCUGAACUAUAUGGAGCCAUCAAUGCAGACACAUUGGAAUUUUCUGAUGGAAUGCUUGGUAGUGUUAUGCGAUCAUAUGCAAAAGCGCAAGAAUCUCCAGGGAGUCCAGAUAAAAGUGAACAUCAUACUGAUCAUUGGCAAUGGCUAGUUCUUGAUGGUCCUAUUGAUACGUUAUGGGUCGAAAAUUUAAAUACACUUCUUGAUGAUUCAAAAAUACUUUGUUUGGCCAAUGGAGAACGUAUUGGAAUGUCUGGCCAUACACGAAUUAUAUUUGAAGUUGAUUCUCUAACAAAUGCAUCGCCAGCUACGGUCAGUCGUUGUGCAAUGGUUUAUCUCGAUCCAUCCGAUCUUGGAUAUAAGCCGUUUUUGAAUUAUUGGUAUCGAUGCCGACUGCCUAUUACAUUUCCAAAGCAUGCGAUUGAAUUUCUUCGAGAAUUAAUGGAUUUUUCAAUUGAUAAAGGAUUUGCUUUUCUCAGUACAUUGAAAGAUCCUUGGCAUAUACCAGUAUCGAAAAUAAAUGUUUUACAAACACUCUGUUAUUUACUAUCGACAUUUUUGGAUUAUUUGGAUAAGCACGGAGGCUUUGGAGACGAGGACCAAAGACUAGCACAAACGCCAGGAAGUGAUCCACCAGCUGCCAGUACUUCUAAAAACUAUACGCCAAAUGAUGCAUUAGUGAUUUAUGUAAUUAAUGAAAAGAAACAAUAUUAUUUACAGAAAAAUCCGAAAAAUAUUCGGCAAUGUCUUAUACGAAUUUAUAUAUUUUGUUAUGUUUGGAGUUUUGGUGGUGGAUUAAAACGUGAAGAUAAUUUUGAAGAUGACAAUUUAAUAAAUCAAAAAGAACAAAUCAAAGUUGACCGAGAUCCAACGACACAAGAAUUCGAUGCUUUUGUUCGUGAUGUAUUUAAUUCUAAUGUUAAUUAUGCAGUUUAUUUACCACCUGAUGCACGUAUGAUAUUUGAUUAUAUGAUUGAUUUAAAUACAUUUUUGUAUCAUGAAUGGGAAACUCUUGUGCCGAAAACGGAUGUUUUAAUCAAAAGUGAAAAUUUACAAAAUGUUAUACCGACUGUGGACAUUGUCCGUUAUUCAUUUUUAAUAGCAGCUGUACUUAUACAUAAAAAACCUGUUCUUUUAACUGGUAAUAGUGGAGUUGGUAAAACCUUACUUAUCGAAUCAAUGCUUCGAUCUUUAACAUCACCCGACGGAAAUUAUGUGCGACCUGGCACCAUUCUAGGUGAUAUUUUACAAUACAGUGCUACGAAAAGUUCAUCAACAACUAAAUUAGCACAGAACAGCGAGGUUCUUGCGGACAAUGUUGAAGGUGCUGCUUUGCAAUCGAUUAAAAUACAAAUGAGUGCUCAAACAACACCGAACAAAUUCGUUAAUCAAGUAAUGGGAAGUUUAAUAAAGAAAGGCACAAAUUUGCUUGGUUGUCAACCUGGUAAAUGGUUAUUCGUAUUUAUUGAUGAUUUGAAUAUACCGCAAGUGGAUUCAUUCGGUGAUCAACCGACACUGGAAACGCUACGAUAUACUUUACAAACAGGAUCGGCUAUCGAUGCAAAAAAGAAUCAAAUACGUCCCAUAUCUGAUUUAACAUUUAUCACAGCUUGCCAUUCGCCCUCAUCAGGUCGUAGUGUACCAUCCAAACGUUUGCUCCAAUCAUUUUCAAUAUUUGCAUUACCCGACCCAGCUGCGAAACAACUGUUUCAUAUUUAUAGUGUUCGUCUGGGACGAUUUCUGAAUAUUUCCGAGUUUCCUCUUGAUGUACGUGCAUCACUUUUCGUUCUUGUUUCGGCUUGUCUUGUUAUGUACUAUCGUGUUUCGAUUAAUAUUCUUCCUACACCAUCCAAAGUUCAUUAUAUAUUCAAUUUAAGAGACUUAGCUAAACUUUCGCAAGGUAUUAUGCAAGCAUCUCCCAAGAACAUGACCACGCAGGAUAGUUUAUCUGUUCUAUUUGCUCAUGAAUGUCUUCGUGUGUUUGCUGAUCGUUUAGUAGCACAGAGCGAUGUUGCUAUUUUUUAUAAACAUUUAAAUGCAACAAUAUCUGGCUAUUUUAAAAUUACAUUAGACACAACAAAAUAUCUUGAUAAUCCAUUAUUAUUUUGUAAUUUUUUAAAAUCGGAUGAUCGUUUAUACCAACAAUUACAUGAUUGGCGGCAAUGUUGUCCGAUUUUUUUGGAUUAUCAAAUGAGACACAAUUUAAGUGAACAUUCAACAUUGAAUAUGGUCUUUUUCAAAGAAGCGGUUGAACAUGUGCUAAGAAUAUGUCGCGUUUUACAGCAACCUGGCGGACAUCUUUUAUUAAUUGGUCUUGAUGGAACGGGCAGAAAGACAUGUCUACAAUUGGCUUCGUUUAUUUCCGGUCAUUUGAUGUCGCAAUUGAAUGUUAAGCGAGGUUAUUCAUAUCAAGAAUUUCGAGAUGAUUUAAAAGUUGUAUUUAAACUUGUUACACUUCAAAAUCGACAAGUGGUUUUAUUCAUUCAAGAAAAAGAUUUAUUAUUUGAUAGUUUUAUCGAAGAUAUUGAAAGCAUUCUCAAUUCUGGUACUGUUGUUGAUUUAUUUGAACCGGACGAAUUCGAUGCACUCACAAUGGAUCUUAAAGCUGAUGCCUAUGCAGCUGGCAUGAGCGACACACCGGUUCAGCUACGAGAAUUUUUUUAUCAACGUGUUCGAACGAAUCUUCAUGUGACUAUUUCGUUUUCUCCAGCUGGAAAAAAGUUUCGUGAAAUAUGUCGUUUACAUCCUGCGCUUCUCAAUUGUACAAGUAUUGAUUGGUUUACAGAAUGGAGUGAAAUAUCAAUGAGCCAAGUCGCUGAUGUUUUUCUUGAAACAGUUGAUUUCAGAAUUCUCGCAUCUGAUCAUGAAACAUAUAAUCAGAGUGACUUUCGCCAGCGAUUAGCACUUUGUUGUGUUUCUUUACAUAAAGUUGUGAUCGAAACAGCGAAACGUUUUUAUGCUGCACAUAAGCGAGUUUAUUAUUUAACGCCAUCGUCCUAUAUGGAUUUAAUGAAAACUUAUGAUAGAAUGAUGGCACAGACAAAACAAGAUUUUCUCACAAGUUAUAAUCGUUUAUCAACAGGUCUUUCGAAAUUGUCUGAUGCAAACGCUAGCGUAAGUAUUAUGCGUGAUGAACUCGCCCUCCUUGGCCCACAAAUUGAUGCUAAAGAAAAAGAAAUUGAACAAUUGUUAAGUCAAUUACAAAAAGACCAAAUAGCUGUUCUUGAAGUUAAAGAAAUCGUUGAAAUAGAAGAACAAAAAGUUCGCGAAGAUACAGAUAUGGUUGAAAGAUAUGCCACACAAGCUGAACUUGAUCUUAAAAAUGUCAUACCUGUAUUAGAUGAAGCUAUGGCUGAUGUGUCACAACUCGAUAAAGCUGAUGUAGCCGAAGUUCGCGUUUAUCAAAAUCCACCCUAUCAAGUUAUGAUGGUUAUGUGUGCAGUUUGUGUUCUUUUAGACUGUAAACCUGAUUGGGCUACAGCUCGGCAAGUUCUUGGCGAUUCAGGUUUUAUUGGUCGUUUAACUAAUUUAGAUAUAAAUCAUAUAUCCGAUCGAACCUAUCGAAAACUAUUACAAUACUCACGUCAUCAACAAUUCACACCUGAUCUUAUUGGUAAAGUCUCAUCGGCAUGUCGAUCGUUUUGUAAAUGGGUCUUAGCUAUUCAACGUUACCAUGAAGUUUAUCGAACAGUAAAACCAAAAGAAGAAAAAUUAAAAACAGCCAAUGAAGCGUUAGAGGUCAUGCGUAAGAGUUUAGCUAGAAAACAAGAAAUGCUUAAGCUUGUAAAAGAUCAUUUACAAGAAUUAGAAGAUAAAUAUCGAAAUAGCAUCGACGAAAAACAAGCGUUAUAUGCUCGACGCGAACUAAUGAAACAACGUAUGGCACGUGCACAUGAAUUAACAAAUGUUUUAGCCAUUGAAAAAGUUCGUUGGCAAGAACAACUCAACCAACUCGAAGAAAAAGUUCGCUUGCUGAUUGGUAAUGCAUUAUUAUCAGCUGCUGCAAUCAACUAUUUCGGACCAUUUAACACUGAAUUUCGAUCUGAACUAAUGGGAGAUUUUCAAAAAAUUCUGUUGCAUAAUAGUAUUCAGUUUUCAUCGGAUUUUAAUUUAUCGUCAGUUUUAUCAACAGCAAGUGAAAUAAGAAAUUGGAUUAGUCAACAAUUGCCAGAUGAUGAAUGUUCAAUUGAAAAUGCUGUUCUUGUUAAACAUUGUACAAAAUGGCCACUGUUAAUCGAUCCACAACGGCAAGCCACUCAAUGGAUUCGAACAAAAGAAGCAGAAAAUAAUCUCCGCGUGAUAACAUACGAUGAUCCCAUAUUAUUACGUGUAUGCGAACAAUGUAUUCGAGUUGGUUUACCAUUACUUAUUGAAAAUGUUGGUGAAACAAUUGAAUCAUCAUUGCUGCCGAUACUUGAACGUGAUAGUUUUAGAAAAACGUCUUCGUCGAUGGGAACAAUUCGAUUCAACGAUGUUGACAUUGAAUGCAAUCCAAACUUUCGUGUUUAUUUCAUAACACAAUUAAACAAUCCACAUUACUUGCCAGACAUUUGUAUUCGUGUUACAUUAAUAAAUUUUACAAUCACACAAAAUGGUUUAGAACAUCAAUUGUUGAGUCUUGUUGUUCUAAAUGAAGAGCCACAAUUAGAGCACGAACGUAAACUUCUAUUAGAAACGAUGGCGCAAGAUCUAAAAAGUUUACGUGAUUAUGAGGAUCGAACGUUAGAAAUGUUAACAGCGUCAGAACAACAUAUACUUGAUCGUCAUGAUCUUAUAGAAAAUUUGACGCGUUCGAAAAUUACCAGUGAUGAAAUCGCGAACCGUUAUCGUGAAAACGAGUCCAAUGAACGACAGAUAAAUCUCGCUCGUCUCUGUUAUGUUUCAUUGGCUAGACGCGGUUCGUUGCUUUAUUUUCUCAUAAAUUAUCUAUCACGAUUAAAUAUCAUGUAUCAAUUUUCAUUGACAUGGUUUCAACGAACAUUUCAUUCUUGUAUAUUGGACUAUGAUACAAGCCGUCGUAUGAGUAUGACGAAUUUAGCAAGUGAUUUAGAUUCGUUACAACGUCAUAACCAACAGCGACGAAAUAGUUCAAUGUUGAGUAGUCUGAUGAGUUCGCCGAGGCAUAGUAUUGCCGAAGAACCAACAGCUGACCGUGUGUCAUCAACACGCCGACGAGGUAGUGCAAAGUCGUUCGUAGCAGCCAUACAUCCGCAACAACGAGAAGCAACGCUUCGGCUUAUGGUUGAUCGGUUAACAUACACAAUUUAUCAACUUGUUUCGUGGAGUCUUUUUGCUGAACAUCAAUUAUUGUUUUCGUUCUUGCUAACAACAACAAUUGAACGUGAGAUAAAUAGCGACGAAAAGAAUAAACAGUCAACAGCUACAUCGGAAAUUAUAUUAGAAGAAGAUGGACAAGAGCAACAACAAGAAACAAAAAGUGAACGCGACGCAAAAUUAGCGCAUAUUACACUUGACGAAUGGACUUGCUUUAUGAGCCCAAUGCUAGCGACGAUAAGCGAAGAUAAAUUAUCAUUUAUUAAUGAGCAAUUACCAUCGUUAUAUUCUAUUUGUCAAGAGUUAAUACAAGAUGUUGAUCAAGAAUUUUUCAAACAUCCAAAUGUUUAUUUAUAUUUAAGUCGAAAUGAGAAGUAUAGUCAUUUAUCUCGUUUUCGAUGCAUUUUACUUAUAAAAAUUCUUCGACCUGAUCUUUUACUUCCAUCGAUAUCACAAUAUGUCGCUGAAAAAAUGGGCAGUAAAUUUCUAUCGUCAGGUUUUGCUGAUAUACAAGAUAUAUAUGCACAUUCAUCACCGCAAGCACCCAUUGUUCUACUACUUUCUCCUGGAACUGACCCGACUAGUCUUCUACUUCGUUUUGCAAAAGAAACACGUGGUAGUGCAUCACAUCUUGAUGUUAUUUCGUUAGGUCAAGGUCAAGGACCGAAGGUCGAAGAAGUUUUAUCGAAAGCAUUGACAUUGAAAGGUCGUUGGAUAUUUUUACAUAAUUGUCAUUUAAGCGCAUCAUUUAUGCCAAGACUUCGAGUUCUUGUUAAUAACUUUAGUAAACCUGGUCUUGAACUUGAUAGUCAAUUUCGAUUGUUUCUUUCAACAAAACCUGAUGCUCAUUUUCCUCUUGAACUUUUACAACUUGGUCUUAAAAUGACGAUUGAAUGGCCAGUAGGCUUAAAGAGUAGUCUUCUUCAAACGUUUGGACCCACUGGUAUUGUUAAUGAAAAAGUCUAUGAAAACGAAACAUUAGGUCCCAAUUGGCGUCGUCUGGUAUUUAAUUUAGCAUUUUUUCAUGCUGUUAUUCAUGAACGCAAAAAAUUCGGAGCAUUAGGAUGGAAUUUAUCAUACGAAUUCAAUCAGUCUGAUUUGGAAGUAGCUGUACUUGAAUUAGAAAAUCUUGUUCGUCGUUCGAAAAAUCAAGUACCAUCAUUUGAUGUUUUCUGUUAUCUUGCUGGCUCCGUUAUUUACGGUGGUCGUGUCACAGAUGAAUUUGAUCGACGCAGAUUAUUGCGUAUUAUCGAACGAUUCUAUUGUCCUGAAACAUUAGAAGAAAAUUAUUCAUAUGCAGGAGAUGAGGCAAGACAAUCACCUAGUUUAAAUUUAAAUUUCUCUGGUCUUCUUUCGUAUAUAAAUGCUCUACCGGAUUUUGAUGAUCCACGUGUAUUUGGUAUGCAUCCAAAUACUAAUCGAGCAUUAAUGUACGUUCAAGCAAAUCGAGUAGUUGAAAUGUUAGUCACAAUUGAACCACAAUAUCGAAUGAUGAUUUCAUUAGGUACUUCAUCAGAUAGCGAUGCUGCUUGUCUGGCAAUUAUUGAGGACAUCAAAGCAAAAUUACCGUUGUCAAUUGAAACUGGUUUUGGUCCGCAGGCACGGCGUAUUACAUUUGAAAAUGCACUAGCAAAAAUUAGUGAAAGAUUAGAACAUAAAUAUCAUGCAUAUUCAAUUUUCUUUUCGUUAUUGAAACAAGAAAUUCGUGCAUAUAAUGAACUGCUUGAAUUAGUUCAUGUAACGUGUGCUGAUUUACGUCGGGCCGUACUUGGUGAAACGGUUGUUAGCGAAGUUCUAGAAGAAACUCAACGUACAUUACUAAUGCAUGAAAUGCCUCGUAUUUGGAGAAAAAGAUCAUAUCCAUCAACGAAAUCACUUCGAGCAUGGAUCAGUGAUCAUCUUCUACGAAUAGCAUUCUUCAAAGAUUGGACUCGAUUAAUAGUAACAUAUGUCGAAGAUUAUAAAACUCUAUCGCCAUUACCACCUACAUUCAAUAUUGGCGCAUUCUAUUAUCCGAAAGGACUUUUUUCUGCAAUUCUUCAAAGUUCAGCGCGAUCUAUUGCAUUGCCUAUUGAUCAAUUGAAAUUUUCGUAUGAAGUCUUAGAUCAAAAAGAAGAACGACUGGCGUUACAAUCAUCAACUGCAAGUUUUGAAUAUUAUUUAUCAUUCGCAAAUGGUGCACAAUGGGAUUAUGAACUGCAUCAGAUUGUUGAUUGUACGAGUCAACAACGAACUCAUCGUUUACCACCGCUUCUUUGUAAACUAGUACCGAAGGACACAGAUAAUUUGGAUUCAACGAAUGUGUAUGAAUGUCCGGUGUAUCUCACAGCAUCAAGAGCAGUAAGCGCAAGUCAAGCAUCAAAGCAUCUGGUUGGUACAGUCGCAAUCCCAUGUUCCGAAACAGAAUCAUUUUGGACAACACGUUCGAUUGCUGGCAUUCUUGAAAUUGAUGAAUAA